UUUGCUAUGAAUAAAGUUAAAGGCGAUUUCGCGGCCGCUAAACAAUUAUCUUCUGAUGAGCAAGCUAUAACCUCUGAAUACGCUAACAGAGCGAGUUGGGUAACGAAGGUAUGGCUUCUCACAUCUUUUUCUGUCUUCUCCGUAUUUCCAACGCAAGUUAUUGUGUUAUCCAUCUACUACUACGCGAUUGGAGACUUCCAAUUCGUCCACAUGUACCAGAUGACGUAUCCAGAAGCAAUAGAGACGCACAAGAAUGAGACGUACACGUAUCUGUUCUUGUUAUUCCUGCAGAUUUAUUAUGGGCUAUAUGUGUUGCUCAUGUAUGUAGGCUUUACGCCUUUGGGGCUAAUUUUCAUGUUGCAUGCGUGUGGGAGGAUAGAGAUUGUGAAGUAUAGGAUUAGUAAACUGUUUGAAGGGGAAUACUAUGAUCCGCGAGAGAUACAACAGCGAUUGAAGAAUAUUGUGAUGCCUUUGCAAGAUGUAUUGGAUUUUGUAGAUCUUUUAAAGGAGACAUUCCGAGUAGUUUACGAGGUAUACAUGAAAGCUACCACUAUUGUCAUCCCGAUUGCAUUAUACGAAAUCCUUGAGGCAAUGAAAGAAGGGCGGCUCAGCAUUGAGUUCAUGACGUUCAUUGUUGCUGGGGUCGUGCUUUGCUUUGCGCCGUGCUAUUACAGCGAUCUACUCAUGGAAAAGGGUUUAAGCCUCCGAAUGUCCGUGUACGCAAGUGGAUGGGAAGCGUAUCCGGACUCAGCAAUGCGCCGGACUCUCUGCAUCAUCAUGUCCCGAUUGGAGAGAGACGUGGCCAUCCGGACGCUGUUCCGAACAGUUAACCUUGACGCCUUUUCUGAGCUAUGUCACCAGUCUUACGCCCUCUUCAAUGUGAUAAAUGCCGCUUGGACUUAGUUCAACCGAAAUAAAUUUUAUUUACUCUCAAUCGGAUAUACAUGCCUACCUACUUAUCAGCCACGGACG